AGAUGCUCAUGUGGUAUAAAGACAUUUUUUCCUUGAAGUUUGUAUUCUUGCAAAACGUCCUGAUGAACACCACAAGAACUCCACGAUAGCAGACUCUGGAGGAAUUGUUCGGGAAGUUGAAAUUACUGCUGGGCAAUUUCCCCAUGCCUGGAGCUUUCUGUACAUCUUUAUUUAAAUCAGAGACUUUGGAGGAAGAAGUGGAAAAUAAAUGUUUGGGUUUAAAAUGAGAAAUUAUGGAAUAUUAUUGUCCAGGGAGUUUUGUAAUGAACUGCCAGCGGAAGUGGUGGAUGCAGGAAGAAAGGAGGAGGACAUGACCCCCAUCUACAUCAACGGAGCUGAGGUGGAGUGUGUCGAGAGCAUGAAGUUCCUAGGAGUGACAAUAAUCGACAACCUAUCCUGGUCUUCCCACGUAGUUGCGAUAGUCAAGAAGACACAACAAACCCUUUUCUUCCUCAGAGAAAUUACUGUGUGAUACAAAAGGCAAAUUGUGAUGAACACUCAAGACUUUGAUUCUGCAACUUGACAUUUGAAGUAAUAAUUAAACUCACUCUUCAGUUGACAGAAAAAGGGUGGAAUCCUUCUAUGCUUUGGAAAUUAUAAGCAUUUGUGUUCUGGACAUUUAAAACAAUGAACUUCUCAAACUGCACAAAUGAAUCAUGUCAAGGACAAUCCAAAACACUUACUGAAAGGACUGCCAUUGCUUUAAUUCUGUCUUUGAUUGCAAUUAUGACAACUUUGUUGAACUCUGCUGUAAUGGUUGCUAUUUGUAUUACAAAGAAAUUGCACCAACCUGCAAACUAUCUCAUAUGUUCCCUAGCUCUGACUGACCUCCUUGUUGCCAUUCUAGUAAUGCCUAUCAGUAUUACAUACAUUACCACCGAUGCCUGGGUUUUGGGUUACAUUGUUUGUGAGGCAUGGCUGAGUUUGGACAUGACAUUCUGUACAUGCUCAAUCCUUCAUCUGUGUGUGAUUGCCCUGGACAGAUACUGGGCAAUCACAGAUGCCGUGGAAUACACUCCAAAAAGGACUGCCAAGCGUGCAGGAGUCAUGAUACUGACUGUAUGGACCAUUUCUGUUUUCAUAUCCAUGCCACCCCUGUUUUGGCGGAGCCACAACGUUAACAGUACUGGGGAAAAGUGCAUUAUUCAGCAUGACCAUGUGAUCUAUACCAUUUACUCAACAUUUGGAGCUUUUUACGUUCCAUCGGCUUUAAUUCUCAUCCUUUACUACCGUAUCUACCAUGCAGCCAAGAACCUUUACCAGAAGCGUGGCUCCAGCCGCCACUUCACUGGUCGCAAGAGUGAAAGCCAAAUCUCCACCUGCAUGAACUACAAGCUGACACAAACCUUUUGCGUAUCUAAUCUACACAGCUGUGAACCUGUACUGAAAUUUCACAGUGAUCACCGGACGUGCAGGGUUCCAACACUCGAAAACAGGCAGGGGAGCACGGAAGAGCGCCAGCAGAACUCCAACUCAAGGGAGCGGAACGCAGCUCGCAUUCUGGGACUCAUUCUCGGGACUUUCGUUUUCUGCUGGCUGCCCUUUUUCAUUAAAGAGCUCUGUGUGGGACUGCACCUUUGGGUUGCUUCUCAAGUAGUUACUGAUUUUUUAGCGUGGUUGGGCUACAUCAAUUCUUUAAUUAACCCUCUCUUGUACACAAGUUUCAACGAAGAUUUCAAGUUAGCCUUCCGGAAGCUUAUAAGGAGAAAACCACCAUAAUGGGGCAGAAAGAACCAAGAUGGAUGUGGAGUGCCUGAUUGUCAGCUCUUCACUCUAUGAGAAGAAGGUUUAGACCCUGACCACCUAGUACAGCUGACUGACUGGGCCCAGUGCCCUGAACGGUUAUUGGAGGCUGUUUUGGAGUUACUAUGCUGGCACCUCCUUACUGAAGGACUUCUCCCUUGACUUGACUGACAACUGCUCCCCUUAGACUUUUGAAAAAUGUCCAUUUGAUUGCAAUAUGUUAGCUGUGUAAGCUUCUGACACAUGAUGGAGUAGCAAACAAUGAAGAGGAUCACCUUAGGUUACAGGAGGAUAUAAACAGGCUGGACUGAUGAGUUUGUUUCAAAUAGCAUUCAGUCCCAGAUAAAUGUGAUGUGAUGCAUCUGGGGAGGACAAACAAGGCAAGGGAAUGCAUGAUGAACAGUACGACCCUGAGAAGGUUAAAGGAUCAGAGGGACAUUGGUUUGCAUGUUCACUGGUCCCUUAAAGUAUCAGGACAGAUUGAUAAAAUGCUU